UUGCACAUCUCACGUGUAGGCCUUUUCCCCCCCUCUCUCUCUCAUCAACAUGCCUGCUGCCAAGUCCUCUGCCAAGAAGGUCGGCGAGAAGUACUUCGUCGACUUCUCCGGCCCCGCCUCGGACGGCAUUCUCGAUGCCGCCGGCUUCGAAAAGUUCCUGCACGACCGCAUCAAGGUCGAGGGCAAGGCGGGCCAGCUGGGCGAGGCGGUGAGCGUGACGCGCGAGGGCGAGGGCAAGAUCUGGAUCAGCACCACGAUUCCCUUCUCCAAGCGCUACCUCAAGUACCUCACGAAGAAGUACCUCAAGCGCAGCCAGCUGCGCGACUGGCUCCGCGUCGUCGCCACGAGCAAGCAGGGCUUUGAGAUCAAGUUCUUCAACGUCGCUGGCGUCGACGCCGAGGACGACGAGUGAGCGCUUCACUGCGCUGUCACUCGUCGCUUCGCCAACCAUGCUCCCGAGCCCGUCGGGCACUGAGCAAAAGCGGGGUGCUUGCUGCGUU